CUUUUAAUGGGGGGAAACAUUCGUCUGCAUUGAUAAUCGAUCGUCAUUUCGUUUUAAGGAUCUUUGUGGGGCUAAACUGCUAAAGUUGAUUCGAUAGAGAGAGAGAGAGAUCGAAGCAGUUAUGCCAGGAGGAGGAGGAGGUGCACUCAAGUCCUUGAAGCCAAAGAUCCAAUCGGUGGAUAUCCAAGCCGCCGCGGGAUGGGGCAUCGCCGCCGCAGCCGGCGCCAUCUGGGUCGUCCAACCUUUUGAUUGGAUAAAGAAGACGUUCAUUGAUAAACCUGCAGCUGAAGAGAACUGAGUGAGAGAGAUCAUCAAAGACUCUCACUGAACAAACUGAUAGUUUUUUUCUUUCUUUCUUUCUUGUUUCUAAGUUUGUUUAUCGCAUCUUUUGCGAUGAAGCUGAAUAAGUUUUUGUUCCUUUAUGGGUCUUCUCAAAUGUUAUAACACAAGAAAAUUUCAUACACUCCCAAAUUAAUCAGAAAAGAGAACCCAUUUUGCUUUUAA